CACCUCCUCUUCCACAGUGGCGCCGCCUCCUCGCCUUCUCCAUCUCUCCUCCUCCUCUCGCCACCACGGCCGUGCUCGCGUGCGCGAUGGGGCCCGCGACGCCGCUGCGCCGCCGGACGAGGGCGCGGCCGGCCGCCACCAGGGCGGAGGGCGGCAGCGGCGGCGACGGCGACGACGACGACGUUCGCUGCGAGGCGUGCGGGUCCGGGGAGUCGGCGGCGGAGCUGCUGCUGUGCGAUGGCUGCGACCGUGGCCUCCACAUCUUCUGCCUCCGCCCCAUCCUCCCGCGCGUCCCCGCCGGCGACUGGUUCUGCCCCUCCUGCGCCUCGCCGUCGCCGCACUCCAAGAAAUCACACGCGGCCAAGAAGCCCAAGCAGUUCCCGCUGGUCCAGACGAAGAUCGUGGAUUUCUUCAAGAUCCAGAGGGGCCCGGCGGCGGCGCUGGCGGCGGCGGCGGAGUCGUCGGAGGGGAAGAAGAGGAAGCGGAAGGUGGGUGGCAUCCGCUUGGUCUCCAAGAAGAAGAGGAAGCUUCUCCCCUUCAACCCCAGCGACGACCCGGCGAGGCGCCUCCGCCAGAUGGCGUCGCUCGCCACGGCGCUCACCGCCACCGGCGCCGUCUUCAGCAACGAGCUCACCUACGUCCCCGGCAUGGCUCCCCGCGCCGCCAACCGCGCCGCCCUCGAAUCCGGCGGAAUGCAGGUGCUACCAAAGGAGGACGUCGAGACGCUGAAUCUGUGCAAGAGGAUGAUGGCGAGAGGCGAGUGGCCGCCUCUCCUCGUCGUCUACGACCCCGUCGAGGGGUUCACCGUGGAGGCGGACAGGUUCAUCAAGGAUCUCACCAUCAUCACCGAGUACGUCGGCGACGUCGACUACCUGACCCGCCGCGAGCACGACGACGGCGACAGCAUGAUGACCCUGCUGUCGGCGGCCACGCCGUCGAGGAGCCUCGUCAUCUGCCCCGACAAGCGGAGCAACAUCGCUCGCUUCAUCAAUGGCAUCAACAACCACACUCCAGAUGGCCGGAAGAAGCAGAAUCUCAAGUGCGUCCGCUUCGACGUCGGCGGCGAGUGCCGGGUGCUCUUGGUGGCGAACAGGGACAUCUCCAAAGGGGAGAGGCUGUACUACGAUUACAAUGGAUCGGAGCAUGAGUACCCAACCCACCAUUUUGUAUGAACCCUGAAAAUUCUUUGAUUGGUGUUAGCUUGCAGGUUAUUUAUGUUUUGUAGUUACAAAAGGGAAAAGGAAUGAACUGAUGAGAUCCAUGAUCCAUCCUCAAGAGAUGGGGAUCUGGUUUGUGAAAUCUGAAUGUUGACCUGGGAAGAAGAGAAUUGUAUUGUUCUUUUGUUGAAAUGAAAUGUGUAUGUAUGCAAUGGAACAGUAUCUGAGGAAAGCGGUUGAAAUGAAAUGUGUAUGUAUCCAAUGGAACAGUAUCUGAGGAAACCAGUGGAAAAGGGGUUAUGUUAAUCUCUUAAUUGGUUUU